AUGCCAGACCCACAAGAACCUGACAUGCCAGAACCACAAGCACAACCUGACAUGCCAGAACCACACACUCCUGUCAUGGCAGAACCACAACCUAGAAUAGCAUUCCUCCAUGGACAAGCAAAGACAACACCACUAGGUCCGGAGGAAGAAUGCCUGUUGACUAGCCUUGUCCGCAGGAAACUCCAGUCAUCUGCCAACAAGAAAUUUCUAGUGUGUAAAACUGGAGGCCAGCCGAUGUGUUUUAACAAACACAUCAAACCUCGCAAGCCAACUGACAAGGUAUCUUCUCCUAUAAAACGUUUGCAAUCAAGAGAGAUUGAAAAAACACGCAAGUUUUUCAAAGCAAUAGGGGUCAAAUAUGAAGGCGAAGGGGCGGCAAGAGAUUUACAGAAAUCACUUGUAGGUGACAACAUCCGUGCAGAGAUGGUUUUGUUCCAAGUGAGAGAUGACCAUUCUCCCGACAGCAUUGGUGGUUACACCCUAAGGAAGGCUCCAUACGCAUAUGCAGUUAGCCUGGAAAACUUGGUCUGUGAUCACUUGGAUGCCCAUCUUAAGCUUGGUAAUUUGAGGUGGCAUGGAAACAUGCCAAAAGAUGAGAUUUGGUUAAAGAUUGGCGGUGAUAAGGGAGGGGACACAGUCAAGCUAGAGUUCCAAAUAGCAAAUGUGGAGAACCCAAAUGCUGCUGCAAAUACAACUGUAUAUUGCUAUUAUGAAGGCAGCGACAGUUACACGAACUUGCAGAUAGCCUUUGACAGGUUCAAGGAAGACCUAAAAAAUCUGCGACUCUCUGCAUGGAGCGACAAGGAAAUCAGAAUGUUCCUUUUGGCGACUACGAGUUUUUAA